AUGCAUUUCUGUAUUAGAAUCGUCUCGUUGUUCCAAUCUGUAAUCAUUUGUCUCUUGAGUCUCGGAAUCAUAGGUAACCAGUACUUAAAGGAAGAUCACAUCUUCUCCGUUAUUCCCUAUAGUGAGUUCUAUGCCUCUAUGGCUUUGGGCUACUUCAUCUUUGAUGCGAUUAUUUCUCUCUAUUACUUACAUUACUUCGGUCUAGGUUUUGCCAUUCAUGGUUUGGUCAGUCUUGUAGUCACUUACUUGGCAUUGGAUUAUGGUUUCAUUCACUACUACUCGGCAGCUUUUCUAUUGUUUGAAUUGUCCACUCCAUUCUUGGACAUUCGUUGGUUCGGACUAAAGUUUGGAACUGAAGUAUUCCCCGCUUGGUUUCAAUUGGCCAAUAAUGUGGUUCUUAUCGUUGUCUUCUUCUGUGCAAGAAUUGUUUGGGGUUGGUACCAAUUUGGCUAUCUUCUAGUUGAUUUCUAUAAAGCCUACACAGAUCCAAGGUUCCCAGUAUUUGGUGCAUUUUUAAUCAUCGUCAGUAACCUCACAUUGGAUGCACUUAACGUUUAUUGGUUCGGUAAAAUGGUUACAGUGGCCAUCGGCAUCAUUAAGAAAAAGACACUUUAG